GAUAAAGUGGUGGUUGCCGCCACCGGCGAGUCGGAAACGGGCGAAUAUCGUGGCGGUGGCUGAAAUAUGCUGUCUUCGGGCGAUAUUAUCGUGAAAUGUCUGCAAAUUAUCGUCUCGUUUCUUGUUAAAAAAAUUCAUAAGAAGAAGAAGUAAGGGGAUGUGGAAGUUCGGGUUGGCGUAGUUAUGUUGGUUGUGAGUUUGGCGUUUAAGGGAAAAAACAGUUUUUUGAUUUGGAAGUUUUUGAAAAUUAUCAUGAUUACAUAGCGGUAUGUCGCAAGCUGGCGGAAAAAAGGGGGGCGGGAAGGGGCCUCCCAAGGAGAAAAAUGACGAGAACAAAGACCAAAAUAAUAAAGCUGCCAACAAAGAAUCAAAAGAAAAAGACAAAGAGGAAACCACCAGCAACCCCGAGGGUGAAGACAGCACCCCCAGCUCCAAGCCCCAGAGUGCCGGUGCCAACAUCCGCGAUGCCGCCCAGCGAAUCCUGGUGCUCUGCCAAAAGGGCGAGUGGGCCCCCGUGGACCAGGUCCUCAAGUCCAUGGAGAAGUCCAUCGCCGCCGCAGGAGAGGACGCCAACACCGUCCCCCUCGCAGGCGUCGCCGACAUAGCGACGGGCAUGACACCUCUCAUGUACGCAGUAAAAGACAACAGGACUUCGCUUCUUGACAAAUUGAUCGACUUGGGAUCGGAUGUCGGCGCCAGAAACAACGAUAACUACAAUGUCCUCCAUAUAUCAGCGAUGUACUCCAGGGAGGACGUGGUCAAACUCCUGCUGACCAAACGAGGAGUGGACCCAUAUUCAACCGGUGGGAGCCGGAACCAAACUGCAGUCCAUUUAGUGGCUUCCAGACAGACCGGAACUGCAACCGCCAUCCUAAGAGCUUUGCUGCAGGCCGCCGGCAAGGACAUCCGGCUGAAACCAGACGGGCGGGGGAAAAUCCCUCUGCUCCUGGCCGUCGAGGCCGGCAACCAGUCCAUGUGCAGAGAACUCCUCAGCGCACAAACGGCCGAACAAGUCAAAGCCGCUGCCGCCAAUGGCGACACAGCUCUCCACUUGGCGGUCCGUCGCAAGGACAUCGACAUGGUACGAAUCCUGGUCGACUACGGUACCAGCGUAGACAUCCGCAACGGCGAAGGCCAAACCCCGCUCCACAUAGCCGCCGGUGAAGGAGAUGAGGUCCUGGUGAAGUACUUCUACGGCGUUCGGGCAUCUGCAAACGUCAUCGACAACCAGGACCGGACUCCCAUGCACUUGGCAGCGGAGUACGGCCACGCCAACAUCAUAGAACUCCUAGCCGACAAGUUCAAAGCUAGCAUUUUCGAAAGAACGAAAGAUGGAUCGACUCUUAUGCACAUCGCCUCCCUCAACGGACACGCCGAUUGUGUUAAUAUGCUAUUCAAGAAGGGGGUGUACCUCCAUAUGCCUAAUAAGGAUGGCGCCAGGAGUAUACAUACCGCCGCGAGGUAUGGUCACGUCGGAAUAAUCACCACGCUACUUCAAAAAGGGGAAGAAGUCGAUGUCACUACUAACGAAAAUUACACCGCGCUUCAUAUAGCUGUUGAGUCGGCCAAACCAGCCGUGGUGGAAACCCUUCUGGGUUACGGAGCGGAUGUACACAUCAGGGGAGGCAAAUUAAAAGAAACAGCUUUACAUAUCGGAGCGAGAGUCAAAGAUGGCGAUCGGUGCGUCCUAAUGCUUCUAAAAUCAGGCGCAGGCCCUAACUUAAACACAGACGACGGACAGACACCCGUACACGUAGCCGCGAAGUACGGAAACUUAGAAACCUUGCUACUCCUUCUAGCAAAUGGAGGCGACCCUCAGUUCAAAAACAAACACGGCGAAACCGCUCUUCAUUUGGCUAGUCGGGGUUGCAGACCCGACGUCGUCCGACACCUCAUCACCUAUUUGAAAGAACACAAAGGUGAUGAAGUGGCAGCCAAUUAUAUUAACGAAGUCAGCGAACACGACGAAAGUGCCUUACAUUACGUGUCUACGGUGAAGAAAGAGGACGUCGAGUUGCCUCUAGCAGACAAAGAAGUGGUGAAGCUUUUGUUAGAAAACGGGGCUGAUGUUAAGUUGCAAACGAAACACCACGAGACGGCUUUUCACUACGUGGCGAAAGCCGGAAAUAACGACGUCCUGAUGGAGAUGAUCACCCAUAUGACACCCACCGAUGCCCAAAAGGCUUUGAACAAACAAAACAUGAACGGGUGGACCCCGCUUUUGAUUGCGUCGCAUAAAGGUCACAAGGAAAUGGUCAACAAUCUUUUGUCCAACCAUGCAAGGGUGGAUGUCUUUGAUAGUGAAGGCCGGUCUGCACUUCACUUAGCCGCGGAACAUGGCUACCUCCAAGUGUGCGACUCCCUCCUCCAAAACAAAGCCUUCAUUAACUCGAAGUCUCGGAACGGUAGAACUGCACUGCAUCUCGCUGCUAUGAACGGCUACAUCCACCUGGUGCAGUAUCUAAUCAAGGACCACAACGCUGUCAUCGAUAUUCUAACCCUAAAGAAGCAAACACCGUUGCAUUUAGCGGCAGCCGCCGGACAAAUCGAAGUGUGCAGACUGUUACUAGAACUAGGUGCCGAUAUUGAUGCUACCGAUGAACAAGGACAAAAACCUAUUCACGCCGCUUGCCAAAACAACCACUCAGAAGUGGCCAAGUUGUUCUUGCAACAACACCCGAGUCUUGUGAUGGCCACCACCAAAGAUGGAAACACUUGUGCUCACAUUGCUGCGGCCCAAGGGAGUGUCACUGUGAUCGAAGAACUGAUGAAAUUUGACCGAGCUGGAGUGAUUUCGGCACGAAACAAAUUGACAGAUGCUACCCCUUUGCAGAUAGCGGCUGAAGGAGGUCACGCCGAAGUGGUCAAAGCGUUAGUGCGAGCUGGUGCUUCAGUCACCGACGAAAACAAAGGGGGUUUCACUGCGGUGCAUCUAGCGGCACAAAAUGGGCACGGACAAGUUCUUGAGGUCUUACGCUCCUCUAAUACCUUGAGGGUCACCAGUAAGAAACUCGGGGUUACGCCAUUGCACGUAGCGGCGUACUUCGGUCAAGCGGACACCGUGAGAGAACUAUUGACCCAUGUUCCCGGUACUGUUAAAUCGGACCCACCGAGUGGGGCGUCGUUAGUUCCAGCCCUCGGGAAUGAGUCAGGGAUGACCCCGUUACACUUGGCGGCGUUUUCUGGGAACGAAAAUGUCGUAAGGUUGCUGCUGAACAGCGCCGGGGUUCAGGUGGACGCAGCCACCCACGAAAAUGGCUACAACCCCAUGCACCUGGCGUGCUUCGGCGGCCACGUCACCGUCGUCGGGCUCCUCCUCAGCCGCGCCGCCGAGCUGCUCCAAAGCCACGACAAGCACGGCAAAACCGGCCUUCACAUUGCCGCAACACAGGGCCACUAUCAGAUGGUGGAAGUAUUGCUAGGUCAAGGUGCGGAGAUCAACGCGCCUGAUAAGAACGGCUGGACACCUUUGCAUUGUGCGUCAAGGGCGGGCUGCUUCGAAGUGGUCAAGCUACUAACGGAAUCGGGAGCCUCCCCCAAGUCGGAAACGAACCUCGGCGCGGUCCCGAUUUGGUUCGCCGCGUCGGAGGGACACCACGACGUGUUGGAGUACCUCAUGACGAAAGAGCACGACACGUACGCACUGAUGGAAGAUCGGCGCUUCGUCUAUAAUCUGAUGGUUUGUUCGAAAAACCACAACAACAAACCCAUCGAGGAGUUCAUCCUGGUGUCACCAGCACCGGUGGACACCGCGGCGAAGUUGUCCAAUAUUUUGAUAGUGUUGUCCUCGAAGGAGAAGGAACGUGCGAAGGAUUUGAUUGCUGCGGGGAAGUUCUGUGAAGCGAUGGCGACUGAGUUGUUGGCGCUAGCCGCAGGAGCUGAUUCAGCCGGGAAGAUUUUAACCGCGACGGAUCGACGCAACGUGGAAUUCUUAGACGUCCUAAUCGAAAACGAACAAAAGGAGGUGAUUGCUCACACGGUCGUCCAACGCUAUCUCCAGGAACUCUGGCGAGGGGCACUCAACUGGGCGGCGUGGCGAACGCUCCUGCUUUUCGUUUUGUUCGUAAUCUGUCCACCGGUUUGGAUAGCUUUCACGCUUCCUCUAGGUCAUAAAUACUAUAAAGUACCAAUCAUUAAGUUCAUGUCGUACUUGACUUCCCACAUUUACUUGAUGUUGUUUCUGCUGAUAGUCGGAAUCACGCCACCCUACGCGGUCGUGCGAAAAAACCUCCUUCCAUAUUCGUACGAGUGGAUUCUUUUGGUGUGGCUCAGCGGCCUUCUUCUUUUCGAAUUAACCAAUCCUAGUGACAAAUCGGGUUUAGGGUGGAUCAAGCUUUCGGUCCUACUUUUCAGUAUAUUCGGGGUCGGGGUUCAUUUGAUGGGGAUUUUGUUCAUCGAAAGAAACUACUGGCCUACGCUUAUGUACUGCAGGAACCAACUGUUCGCUUUGUCGUUCGUUCUGGCUUGUGUUCAAAUUUUGGACUUUUUGUCGUUCCAUCACUUAUUCGGUCCGUGGGCUAUCAUUAUAGGUAACUUGAUGAAGGAUCUAGCUAGGUUUUUGGCAGUCUUAGCCAUCUUCGUGUUUGGUUUUUCCAUGCAGUUCGUCGCUCUCAAUCAACCGUUCAAGAACGGCGACCUCGCUCCGAAGAGAGGAAAAUAUUUUGUCGAUGAGCAGGAAGCGUUGUUGGAAGAGGCCGAGUGGAUCGCUCCUCCAGCUGAGAGCCCUAUAUCCAGGGCGUCCCUUCGUAAAAAGCACCCUCCGUCUAUGGUAAUGAACCCGCUGCUAGCCUUCGAGCUGUUAUUUUUCGCCGUUUUCGGCAUGACCACGUACGACGAGUUGGUAACGAAGAAUAAGGCCGACGUUAAGCGGUUACUGCGCCCCCAGUGGACGGAGAACCUCUUCAAGAUUAUGUUCGGCGUCUACAUGUUGGUGUCCGUCGUCGUUUUGAUAAACCUUCUAAUUGCCAUGAUGUCCGAUACGUACCAGCGCAUCCAGGCGCAAUCCGACAUAGAGUGGAAGUUUGGCCUGAGCAAGUUGAUUAGAUCCAUGCACCGAACCACAACUGCACCCAGCCCCAUUAACUUGAUAACAACGUGGCUCUUUUAUCUGGUUAACAUUUGCAAAAAACGAGUCAAAGCUCGGAAACGCCAGAGUUUAGUCCAUUUGAUGGGCAGCUUCCAGCGUCCUCAGCAGCUAAGCCCUAGAUCCAAAGCUGGUGCCAAAUGGUUGUCGAAAGUGAAGAAGGGCAGUCAGGUUGCUCCUAAGGAGUCCGUGGCGUUGUCGGUAGCACAUCUUAGUCCUUUAGGGUCUCAGUUGAGUCUGACGGCGCACACUACAAGGAUCGAGCACGUGACUGACUGGGAAGCCAUCGCUAAGAAGUAUAGAGCGCUGAUGGGUGAGGUUGAUGAGGUUAAAGAACAGACGAAUGAAGAGGAAGGCGACAGCGACGAAGACGGUGCGCCGGGAAAUAGUGUCCAACCCAUGUCUUGAAUUUAAAGUG